AUGGUUAUGCUGCUAGUGUGACGUCUAAUCUAGUGGACGGAAAUCAUAUUUCAACAGCAGCAACAAUAGUUAGUCAGACACCUCAGUAGCUUGCUAGACAAAAUAGCCGAACCAAUAUAUCGCUUUAGUGUAUAUUAGCCACUGUGUUUUAAACCCACUUCUGUCGUCUUGGUUAGUUAUCCGAUUUAAUUUCAUAUUUACGGUUUUGUUGUUAUUAUUCAGCUAGCGGUCUGGUUAAGUUAGCAUUAGCCUAGCUAACAUCCCCGAACAUGCGGUCACUAAACUACUCUCCUUCUAAUGAAGAGGAGGAUAUCACAGUAAAACAAGAAGUAGAGGGUGAGGCCGUUACUGUGAAAGAAGAGGAAGACAUGUUCAGAGUGAAAGAGGAGGAUGUUACAGUAAAAGGAGAGGAUGAAGCAGUUUAUAGAGUGAAAGAGGAGGAGGAGAUGACUGUUUCAUCGGAAAAGGAGGAGGAGAUGACUGUUACAUCGAAAAAGGAGGAAGAAGAGGAGGAAACUGGAUAUCUGGGCCUGGUUUCCCAAACGCAUCUUAAGGCAUCCAAUGGUUCUACCGAUGAAUUAAGCCAUAAGAUGGUUUUGAGAAACCGUUCCCUGAUUAACACUAGAGAGAGAACCGUCUACCAUGGGUCCUCUUGGGAGCCUCAACAACCUCAUGAUACUGACAAGGCAGAGAAGAGUCUCUCUAGAUCAGAACUCCUCAAGAAACACCAGCAGACACCCACGGGAAAGAAAUCUCAUUGCUGCUCUGACUGUGGGAAAAGAUUCACCUCAUCAGCAGGCAUUAAAAUUCAUCAGAGAAUCCACACUUUAGAGAAACAUUAUUGCUGUACUCAAUGUGGGAAGAGUUUUGAUACAUCAAGCCAUCUUUUUGUACACCAAAGAACACACACAGGAGAGAAACCAUAUUGCUGUGAUCAAUGUGGGAAGAGGUUUACUCAGCUAUGCAACCUAAUAUCACACCAGAGAAUACACACAGGAGAGAAACCUUAUAGCUGUGAUCAAUGUGGGAAGAGUUUUACUCAGCUAUGCACCCUAAUAUCACACCAGAGAAUACACACAGGAGAGAAACCGUACAGCUGUGAUGAAUGUGGGAAGAGUUUUGCAAGGUCGAGCAAUCUGACUCUUCACCAGAGAACACACACAGGAGAGAAACCUUAUGUCUGUGAUCAAUGUGGGAAGAGUUUUACUCAGCUAAGCAGCCUGAUAUCACACCAGAGAGUACACACAGGAGAGAAACCGUACAGCUGUGAUGAAUGUGGGAAGAGUUUUGCAAGGUCGAGCAAUCUGACUCUUCACCAGAGAACACACACAGGAGAGAACCCCUAUAGUUGUACUCAAUGUGGGAUUUUUUUUUUUACAUCUAGCCAUCUGAAGAUACACCAGAGAAGACACACAGGAGAGAAACCUUAUAGCUGUACUCAAUGUGGGAAGUGUUUUGUUCAAUCUAGCCAUCUUAAGAAACACCAGAGAACACACACAGGAGAGAAACCUUAUAGCUGUACUCAAUGUGGGAAGAGUUUUGUUCAAUCUGGGGAACUGAAGAUACACCAGAGAACACACACAGGAGAGAAACCCUAUUGCUGUACUCAAUGUGGGAAGAGUUUUGUUCAAUCUAGCCAUCUGAAGAAACACCAGAGAACACACACAGGAGAAAAACCCUAUAGCUGUGAUCAAUGUGGGAAGCAUUUUACUCAGUCAAGCCACUUGAUAGCACACCAGAGAACACACACAGGAGAGAAACCUCAUAGCUGUACUCAAUGUGGGAAAAGUUUUACUCAGUCAAGCCACCUGAUAUCACACCAGAGAACACAUACAGGAGAUAAAUCUUAUAGCUGUGAUACUCUGAUAUAAGAUAUCUGAUUAAACAUCAGAAAAUACAUGCAUGAAGGAGUUUUUUCAUGAUAUCAAACAUUGUAGAAGGAGUAUUUUAAUGAUGUCACAAUGUAGAAGGUCCUUUGUAGAAGGAGUAUUUGGUUGCUGAUUGUCUCAAGGUUGGGCAGUCAAAAAGUUUUGUGUUUUACUUUUAGCCAGUGCAUCAAAAUUUAUUUUGACUAAGUUUUUGCCGUAUUGGAGAUGAGUUUUGUUUGGGCUCUUUCCAAGGGGACGAGAGUUCUAGAAGCAAGUGAGUUUAAGGAUUCUAUAGAAAGAAAAAGAAAAGAUACGAUUGUAUAUUAUUAUUUAGAAAUAAAUGUUUUUUUAUUGUUUUUAAUUGUUGACAGCCAGUAGACACCAUGUUUAUAUUGUAGAAGGUGAAGUAUUGUAGUAGAAUAUGUGAAAUGGAAGAUAUUUUCUGUUGGUGGUGCGCAAACUUUUCCAACAACAAGAUAGGAUAUAUUUGUUGUUUUUAGGGGGAAAGUGUUACAGGCGUUCGUUUUUCAAUUUAUGUUUUGAGGUUGGACUUUAGCACGUAGGAAAGGGGGAUACCUAGUCUGUACAACUGAAUGCGUUCAACGGAAAUGUGUCUUCAGUGCACUGAUUGGUGUCACUUCGUUAGCACGUAGGACGCACUGAUUGGUGUCACCUCGUUUGGACGUCCAGCUUGUUAGCACGUAUAGCUAGUUAGCAUGUAGCAUGCACUGAUUGGUGUCACCUCGUUAGUCAGUAUGUGUUACAUCUGUGCUGGCUUGUCCAUCUCGUUAGUGGGAAGGUGUUUCACCUGACCUGGUCCAGGUUCUAUUUAAGAGUGUCUGGACCAGUGCUCCAGUUGUCUUGAUAGAUGUGGAGAGUCAACACCUUUAGUUGCAUCCCGUUUUUAAGUUUGUUGUGGGUUUUUCUUUUGUUUGCCUCUUCUUGGUCAGAAUUAGUGGGUCUCAUGGUGGGUGUCUUUUAGGUCUCAGUUGUUGUUACCAGUCAACUUUCAGUGGACACCCCCAUAGUGUCAUUCAGAAUCCCUCCUAAAACCCCACCUGUUAAGUUUUUGUUUUCAGUGACUUUGUUGUCAGACCUCUGGUAUACCAUACCAUCCCUUUUCUAUUUAAGUGAUGUUUCUGGUUUUCUUGCUGGGAAAUGUAACAACAAACAAUGUAGUAAAACCAGCUUAUAUUUUGGGUUGUAGCAUCCAGUUCUUGUUAAUCAAAGGCAUUUCCUUGAAAUGUUCAUUAGUCUUUCAGUUGUUAUUCUUCUGUUUGCUGUGUAUGUUUUUAUUUGUUUUUUUUUCUGUGAAAUGUGCUGUUUAAUUAAAGCUUGGUUUGGACAUAUUGCAAAAUAAAUGGAACCAAUCAACA